CUCCACUCCUGCAGCUCCUAGCGCGGGCCCUCCUCCUCAGUAGCAGCUCAGUUCAUGUGGAGGAAACAACUAUGAGAGAGGAGCUAGCAUGCACAGACAAUUAAUGUAAAUGGCGCCUGUCAAAGGGAAAUUAUAUCAGCGGCUGCUGUUCUGUGUGGUUUUUCUUCCAAUCUCAGGUGUUUUAUGUUUUAGUGAGUUAUUUUUCAUCAAGGAGCCCCAUGAUGUCACUGUCAUGCGGAAAGAAGCCGUUAUUUUGGACUGUCAGGCACAUGGAGAGUCACCCAUUGACGUCCGAUGGCUCAAGAACGGAGUAAAAGUGGUGGAGAACGAGCGGGUGUACCUGCUCUCCAAUGGAUCCCUUUAUAUUUCAGAGGUGGAGAGCAGAAGAGGAGACAAAUCAGAUGAAGGGCUCUAUCAGUGCCUUGCUCAGAACAAGUAUGGCGCAAUCCUGAGCCAAAAAGCCCGUCUUACAAUCGCAAGUAUCUCUACUUUUGCAAUGCAGCCGACAUCCAUAGUGGUGACUGAGGGCUCAGUCGCCAGGUUUUCCUGCAAAAUCACUGCACACCCUCCUCCCAUCAUCACUUGGGAGUUCAAUCGGGUCACAUUACCCCUUGCCACUGAAAGAAUCACAGUCCUGCCCAGUGGUGUUCUCCAGAUCUACGGGGUGCAGCGGGCAGAUGCUGGAAAUUACCGCUGCAUCGCCACCAACAUUGCCAGCCGCCGCCGAAGCAUAGAGGCCACCCUCACCGUCACCCCAGCUCCCAGGCCCCAGCUCCCCCAGAGGCCGCGCAUCAUCGCCGGGCCACAGAACAUCUCAGUGUCGCUGCACCAGAAUGCCAUCCUUGAGUGCAUGGCCACAGGCAACCCACGACCCAUCAUCUCCUGGAGCCGAGCAGACAGCAAGUCCAUUGAUGUUUACAACACCAAAGUGUUGGGAAAUGGCAACCUCCUCAUCACAGACAUCAAGCCCCAGCAUGGAGGAGUCUACAUGUGCCGAGCCACCACCCCCGGCACGCGAAACUACACAGUCACUGCAGCCAACAUCACGGUGUUAGCACCACCUUCCUUGGUCGAGUGGCCGGAGAGUCUGACCCGUCCACGUGCAGGCACCGCCCGCUUUGUGUGUCAAGCUGAAGGAGUUCCAAUGCCUCAAAUCACCUGGCUCAAAAAUGGAGAGAAAGUUCACUCCAACGGUCGAAUCAAGAUGUACAACAGCAAACUGGUCAUCAACCAGAUCAUCCCCGAGGACGAUGCCAUCUAUCAGUGCCAGGCGGAAAACGAGCAGGGUUCGGUCCUCUCCAUGGCGAGGCUCAUCGUAGUGAUGUCUGAGGAUCGGCCGAGUGCUCCCAGGAAUAUCCGAGCUGACACCGUGUCGAGCUCCGCCAUCCUUCUGGCUUGGGAGAGGCCUCAGUUCAACUCUGAUAAAGUUAUUGCUUACUCAGUGCACUACAUGAAGGCUGAAGGAUUAAACAACGAGGAAUAUCAAGUUGUCAUUGGAAACGACACAACCCGCUACAUUAUUGAUGACCUGGAGCCGGCUCGAAACUACACCUUCUACGUGGUGGCCUACAUGCCCAUGGGAGCCAGUCGAAUGUCUGACAACGUAUUCCAGCACACGCUCGAGGACGUUCCCCUCCGUGCCCCAGAGCUCAGCCUCACCAGCCGCAGCCCCAUGGACAUCCAGGUAUCUUGGCAGCCCCUUCCAGAUAAGCUGAGUCGUGGCAGAGUCUCCGCCUACCGUUUGUCCUAUCGCACCAGUGCUGAGAAUACAGUCUCACAGAUAGAGCUACCUGGAGAGAAGACCCAGCAUCUCCUGGAAAACCUGCAGCCUGACACCAUCUACCUCCUGCGCAUUGCUGCUGCCACCAGCAUUGGGUGGGGGGAGCAGUCUGCCUGGACAUCCCACCGCACACCGAAGGCAUCCAGUGCUCAAGUUCCUAUGGCCCCCGAGCUGCAUUUGGAGCCUUUGAACUGCACCACUAUCUUGGCGCGCUGGCAGCUGGCACCCAGGAAUUCCGCCGGUGUUCAAGGCUUCAGACUCUUCUACCACGAGGAGAGCCAGUCAGAGAGGGCCCCGGUUCAGCUGCGUGCCUCGGAUUAUAAGUACACCAUCGGAGGCCUUGACCCAAGGAAGAAGUACCACGUUAAGCUUCUGGCUUAUAAUUUUAUCGGAGAUGGCUACCAAGCAGACCAGACUAUCAGCACCCCUGGAUGUGUCUCUGUUAGAGAUCGCCUGGUGCCUCCUCCACCUCCUCCACACAAUGUGUACGCCAAGACCAACAGUUCAAACACCGUGUUUCUGCAUUGGGGUCGACCAGCCUUCACCUCCAGCCAUGCAGUCAACUACACUGUCCGCUGCAACCCAGUGGGCUUGCAGAACGCCUCCUUGGUGCUCUACCUGCAGACGAAUGAGCAGAGUCUACUGGUGCGAGAUCUUGAGCCCAACACUAAGUAUGAAUUUGCCAUUCGCCUCCACAUUGACCAGCUGUCCAGCCCCUGGAGCCCUGUGGUCUAUCAGACCACUUUACCUGAUGCUCCCACUCUGCCCCCCUCCAGUGUGAAAGUGACUCUGAUCGAAGAGGACACAGCACUGGUUUCAUGGAAACCCCCAGAUGAACCUAACGUAGCUGUGACACAUUACACCAUCCUGUACGCCUCCAGGAAAGCCUGGAUCGCUGGGGAAUGGCAAGUGCUGCAAAGAGAAGGAACCAUCACCAUGGCACUGCUGGAGAACCUGAAGCCUGGCCAGGUCUACAUAGUGAAAGUUUCUGCAUCCAACAGCAUGGGUGAUGGGCCAUUUUCUCAUAUAGUGGAGCUGACAGUCAGAGCAGAUCCCUCCUCUGGUCAUGACCCCCGACUCUCUCAUGGCUCCACACACUCCACAACCUUUUCUGAUGGCUUCUACCACCUGGACCAAAAGUCAAUGACGGGGAUCACUGUGGGAGUCUGCAUCGCUCUCAUCUGCAUCAUCAUCUGUGCUUUCAUCAUCGUCUGCAGGGGAAAAAACAGGAAAUUUUCAGCUGUGAAAGUGUACAGAGAAGGAGUGCCCACAUCUGCAUCGGCUGCAGGACAUCUGAGCUCUGAGGGGCAGGCUGAGAACGCUGACGUGAGCGUGCCAAUGAUGAAUCAAAACCAUUUCAUUGAUGCCAAGGGUGGAACAGAUCUCAUGAUCAACUGUCUUGGCCCUAUUCAGCCCAGUACUGAGAAGAAAGAGAAAUGGUUUUCCUUCAGCAGUAAUGUGAAAAAGGACAGUAAAGCAGCGCAGAAUAUGAAACACAGCACCACCUCCUACGAGCCCUGCACCACAGUGUUGACCUAUGAAGAAGAGCUAUCUCCAGACCACCCCACCGCCCUGCAGGCUCUGCUCUGGCGUCCCGGUGACUCAGAGGGCUCCUCCAACAGCGAGGGCAGCCACGCGACCGGUGAUUCAGGGCGUUAUUCUCAUGAUGAGACAGAGAUGACCAACCUGUCGUCUGGUAACAGUAGCCGCCCUCCGUCUCUGACAGCAGAGGACAGUGGAGGCUCGGAGGACAGCGGACCCCCUGAAGAGUCAGGCGAGCUGAUGGAGGAAAGUCAGACUGACCUGAAGUUAACAGAGUCUGUUGAGAACGGCUGCUGUAAUCAUGAAGCGCAGAGCAGUUCUCAGUCUGCACUUUCUCUCCAAGCGUGUGUGCCUGAGUGUGUGUGAGACUGAGGGUGUGUGUGUGCACGUGUGUGUGUUUGAAGGCAGUGGUACACUUGCAAAAAGUCAAACUGCAGUGAAGUAGGAAAACAGCCGAGUAGAUCACAUCAUAGAAAUGUCUGAGUACUCACUGCAACUUCAUCUUUGUUGUUAAAUUACACUCACUUAUUCAUCUCCUGGUGCAGAGUGAAAUGAUGAUGAUGAUGCUACAGCCCACAGCUGAUUAGCUUAGCUUAGCACAAAGACUGGAAACAAGGGGACACAACUAGCCUGACUCUCUAUACAGUGAACAAAAUCCACCUUCCAGCACCUCUAAAUAUCUAAUUAACACUUUACAUCUUGUUUGUUUAAUCCGUACAAAUCAUAAGUGUAAAAAAAAAUCAAGUUUUGGUUUAAUGGGAGCUUGUGUGCUGGACUGUUUCUUGGAUGGCACCAGUAACUUCCUGCAGUGCCUGCUGGUUACCUGUGGUCUCAUUUAUAAAACAAUACUUAAGAUCCAUACUAAAAAUGUACAUAUGGACAAAAGCCAAAAAAUAUUCAACAAUUUCUACAAUCAGGCUUCCACCUCACCAUCUGUGUCGCCAAUUUCCCAUCUCCAAAGUGUUCAUGUUCUUUUAACACCUCUGUUUUUGCAAAGAUUAAACAAACAAGCUAUCAUGUGUUUAGUAGUGAGCUUUAGAGGUGCUGGUAGAUGGAUUUUGUGAGCUUUGAGCUGGGCUAGCUGUUUCUACUGUUUGCAGUCUUCGUGCUAAGCUAAGCUAACUGGAUGCAGGCUGUAACUUUAAUUGCAACAGAGGAGGGGAAAUAUUUCUACCCUCAGACUCAAUAACUGACUAAAAGUCAUCCACAUAACCCUCCUGCAGUUAUUUUCCAUUGCAAGUGUACAGCAGGCCUGAAUGUAAGUGUGAAAGAGAGGUGAAAAGAAACAAGGAGAGAGACCUUUUUUCAACCUUUAUUCUCUUUUGGUCCAACACAUAAUGAACAGAAAGCCGACACAUGCCUUUUACAGUACAACAUGUUGGCAAGGAGGGGUCGUUUGGUUUCCUUUACUUAUUUCUUUUUUAUUCAAUGAAUGUCUUUUUUUUUCCUUAUUAUUUUUGUGUGUGUAUGUGUUCGAAAAAGAAAAUCUCACCCACCAUGAAUGUUUAAAAAGACUGUCAAAAAUGUGACAAAAGGGACAUUUCUGACAUUAUUUAAGAGUUUAUCACUGGAGCGAAAGGGAAGCGUGAGUCCUUUUCACUGAUUAUCUACCUUGGUUUACCUCCGGGUAAAUCUCCACUGUAUAUUUAAUAACUACUUAUACCUAUGUUAUGUGAUGGGCUGCUUCAGUUACAUUACAUUUGAUACUUCCUGAUGACCUUCCCUCUGAUCGUCAUCCCGUUUUGUCUUUUCCUCUUACUUUGUUCUAAUUUUACUGGAUGGUAAGGGCGCUGCAGCUCUUUCCUCUCGCUCCACCUGUCACGUGGACUGAAGGAUGGAAAACACAUAUACAGUUUAUUUAUCUCCUCAGAUGUUGCUGCGGCACUGAGCCAGUAUUAAUAGUAUUUUUGUGUUUGUUUCAUUUUGUCCAUUAUUGACUAAUGGUAUGAAAAGAUAAUGAAUGUGCUGUUUUUUUUAUGUCAGUGUGCAGCUGCCCUUGCUAUUCCUGUUUUAUACUACCUCGAUUAAGACUUUAUUUUAUACUUAUUGUUUUCCUAAACUCAGGGAACAAAGUUUAGUACAUUUGAAAAGUCAUGUAGUGUUACAUGCUGAACUGACAGGGUAUCUUCUCAGUACUAAACUGUUGUAGUGUGUAAUAAUAGAAUAUGCUAUGAAUGUAUCUCCGACAUUGUGUGCCAGUAGCUCAGGUGUUUGUGCUGCCCUCCCCACAGAUGGAAACUCCCUCUGUAGUUUCUCCUCAGGUCCUGUGACGUCUGUUUUCUUUUACAACAGAACAGACUCUUUUGUUUAUUGACUUCUUCCUUUUUAUUAGUGUAAAGAUUCGCACCAGAAGUGCUUGCAGCGGUGUGUCGGUACAGAAAAGCUUUAUAAUUGGCCUUAACGUGGGGAAGCGUCCCUCAGAUGCUGAAACCAAAGCCUAAUCUCUCUGAGGGAGAAGCCCCACUUGAGGAUGCAACACGUGAAGAAUGAUUGUAGUAAAAAGCAAUGGAAGUGUCUAAUCAGAGAUGAAAGUGAAGAAUUGAAUGAACACCAUGAAACUAUAUUUUUGUUAGAAUAUAAUGUACUACUGAGUACACAUUGUAGUUACUUUUGUCCCAGGUAGUUUUUUUUGUUUUGCCAUAGAGUAGAUAAAGAUUAGCACUUGUCUGCCAAGUAGUUUUGUAUUAUCGGCCAAUGUGCAGCGGUGACUGUGACACUAUGACCCAAAGAAAUGUUUGCUACCUGAGUUUAUUUUAGUCUCUCAACUAAUCUCUGGCAGAAGGUUACUGGGGAAUGAGAAAUAAUCGUAACAGACCAAAGAUUAAACGCGGCCUUUGAGAUCAGUUGAGCUCCUCAAACGAAGCCUUGCACAUGAGUGGCCUUGACACGCGACAAAAAGAGUGAAGAGAGUUGCGGGUUAAAACUCUGAAGAGGUGCCAGCAGGAUACGCAGGCACUCACAGAUGAUAGAGUGACAAUUAAUAAUCAAUUAUAUGCACACCAAAUUAUCCUGUCGCAGAGGUUCUUGUUGCUUGCAGCUGUCUGUACAUUGUAGGUGAAAAUUAUUAAAUACAGUAUAUUAUAUUGAGUAGUGUGUGAUGCAACAGUGCAGUCGUGUGUGAAUGUGCGCCCACUGAUUUGAAAUUUUACAAAGUGAUUUAAAAGUUUGUAUUUGGGAGAUUUUCUCAUGUAGGACAUAUAUAAAGUACUUUGUAAAGGAUUGUUUCACACCUAAAUGACCAUUUGUAUAUCAAUAAUUCACUCCAUGUUAUGUUGAUUUAGUGAAGAAAACGUUUUUCUUGCAUGCCUCUGAUGAACGGAGAAUCCAACAACAGUAUAUGUUGAUGAAUUGAAGUCAUAGGGGACCAUGUUUAACAGCAGCAAAACUACUUUGGAUUCUUCGUACACUGGAGGCAUGCCAAAAAAAAAGAUUCUUGACGAAUUCAAUGUGACACAGGAUGAGAUAUUGAUAAACAAAUGGUCAAUUGGGAGGUGAAGUAUUCCUUUAAGUACUCACAUUUCAUGCCUUUACAUAGAUAAUUUAAAAAUGUGACAAAGGUCAGUGGGUGCACAAUUAUUUUCACAUGUCUGUAUUUUUAAUCAGAGGACUCUGCAGAGGAUUCAAUCAUGGGAAACUUUUGGGAUGAAAAGUGACACAAUCAGUUUAACUUUAUUUUGAAAAGCAAACAGAGUAAACCAAAGAUUUUUUUUUAAAGGUCACCGUUGCAUAUUGGCAUCUUGAGAGAAAUCCGAUUAACAGCAUCCUAUCUUUGUGUGAAAUGUUGUGAUUUUAUAACUGUAUAAUGUAUUGUACUACGAGAGAGCAGGAUGAAAACUGUCUUUCUGAAUCAUCAUUUAUUUCCACUAAAUCAACUUCUCUUUUUUUAAUGUUGUUUUUCAAGAUAAAAUGGAGUGGAGUCAUGUUUAUCCUGCUUUGCAAAGUAAAAGAAGGAUGCACAGCUCCAUUUGAACCAUAAUGUAUACAUAUAUCUUGUAUUAUGAGAGCUUCAAGGGCUCAAUCCAGAAUCUGAAAAAAGCACUCGAGCCAAUUAUCUGAACCCAAACUUUUCCAAUUAAAGCUGUGAUGUGAAGAUACUGACCUUCUGCUUCACAACAAAACUGCAGCUAUUAAUGUUUUCAAGUCAUGAUAACUACACAAACACACAGCUGCUGGAGUCAUUCAGGUUCUGAAUUGAGCCUUUAGUAGCUCAUACAGAUACACAAGUGCUACCUCAGGUUUUUAUUUUUUCAUAUUCGUGUGAAAGGUGCAGAUGCAAUUGACUUGGGUCAUUAGUUUUGGUAAGAUUGAGGUCAAGAUCAUUAAGCAAACGAUCCAAGAUGUUGGUCUGCUGUCUUUCAUGUAAUGAAUGGUAUUAUGCUGGAAUUAUGUUCCUGUCUGAGCUUGUGAAUUUAAAGGGAUAAAACACUGAGUCUUGUUUUCCCCUUUUUGCAGUAAUGUUGUGUUUUAAUAAUGUGAGGUGGAGCGCUGCGGGUCAUUUACAGUCAAACUCAGGGGAACCCUCAGCUGCUCCACCUCAAAGAGAAAGCAGGUUUCAAAUCUUAAAAAUUGA